CUCGACCGCCGCCGCCAGCCGCCCCUCCUCCCCAGCCGCCGCCGCUCCGCCUGCCCGCGACACCUCCCCAGAGGAAUGCCCGGCGGCCGAAAGCGUCCGGCCCCGUUCGCCGGCUUCUCCCCCUUUGCUCGCUCCCUCAUCUUCUCCGCCAGCACCUCAAGCUGUCCAAAAGCGCUCCCCCUUCCCGACGCUUCCACCUCCGACGCCGACGCUGAAACCCCUCGCCAAGACAACAUGCCGCGGCCGCCGUCCAAGCGCGCGAAGCUGACCGAGCCCUCCAGCGACGAGGUGGAGGACCGCGGCAGCAGCGGAAGCGAAGAGGAAAGCUUCAGCACCAGCGGCAGCGACGACGGCGAGGAUUCGUCGGAGGAGGUGACCGCCUACCUGGAACUUCUUGAGACGGUGCAAGCGGACUUCGCCUUCUUCGACCCCAAGCCGAGCGACUUUCAUGGCGUCAGGCUGCUGCUCAAGACGUACCUCGACUCCAAGCCCUGGGACCUCACCGGCUUCGUUGACCUUAUCCUGGCACAGACGACAGUAGGCACGGUCGUCAAGUUGGCUGAUGACGACGACGAGGAAGGGGAAGGAAACGGUGCUGAGAAGGCCAAUUCCAGUAACAACACUGACGAUGAUGAUCUGUUUGGUCUCAUUAGUGUGCUCAAUUUGGGACGACACGCUGAGCAAAAAUGCAUUAAGGACCUUAAGGAGUAUCUGCUUGCUGUCUGUGCCGACAAGGGUACUAAGAAGCAGCUCAGGUCUCUGCUCGAAGAUAAAGCAUCAAGUGUGGGCCUUCUGGUGUGUCGCCGCUUUGUGAAUUUCCCUUAUGAACUCGUGCCUAAGCUGUAUGACGCACUCUUCGACGAGGUUUCCUGGGCAACAGAAGAUGAGCCAACAAAAGAACUUCGGGACUCCUUCCGGUUCAAGCAGUACCUGUUGGUUGUCAGAAUGCUCGAGAGGAAAACCCCUGCAAAACAUAAAUCAAAGAAGAGCAAAGAUGAUGAUGAACCUGUUAUCUAUCCAAAGUUAGAAGAUGAAAUUUUUCACAAGCUUAGCUCAUGGUCUUUCACUUUUCCAAUACGUUCUGAGCAGUCAGCUCAACAGGAGAUGAAAGAUUACAAAGAGAUGGGCUUAGUGAUGGCAAUUAAAGCUGACGUAGUUCCAAAGUUCCGAAAGAAGUUGGAAGAUUUGGUGUCCGAGUAGUCCUUUGCGUAACUGACCAAUGUGGAAUUUUGCUGCUGUCCACAUGGUUUGAAUUGAUGUCAGGAACGACUGUGAUUCUGACUGUGAAGCACGAAUGGUGGUACUGUUUUUUGGUGUUGAUUUGCAACAAGGAUUCAUCCAUGAACUAAUCAAAUGAAGAGAUUUUGAGUUGUUAUCCUAGUACAUGUUUUAUUGAUAAGCAACAUUGUUUAGCUCAUGUGGAUUGUGAGACACUAUGCACAACACCAGGUUGGGAUUUCCGUUUGAUACA